CCAGCCGCAGCUGCCGGCGCGGAGCGGGAAGAAGCACUCUGGAGGUAACGGCUUGUCACAUUCACACAUCCUCUUGUCGGAAAACUGUGUCCCAGCACUUGCAAGAUAGGAUAAAGACAAAGUUCCCCCCAAAUGUGCACUCUCCACCUGUUACUGGAGGAGUUAGGUGGCAAUUCUUAAAGGGACAGAAGGUUUUGAAGAGCAGCCGCUUUGGUCUUGAUUAUCUACAGAGCUGAGGACAUAGUUGUGUUCAAGUACAGAAGAAACAGUGAAGAGUGACAUAGUUGUGCGGCACUGGAAGGAUCCCCAUACGUGACUGAUCUAUGAAAUGGCAGAGAAUGGAACAGAUUGUGACCAGAGACGCAUAGGAAUGAUCAAAGAACAGCACAAUGGAAACUUUACAGAUUCCUCUUUGAGUGAACGGAAGCGAAGGGACCGAGAAGAGAGGUUGAAAAUCGUACUGUGGAAACAACCGCUUGUUACCUUGCAGUAUUUUUUCCUGGAAACUCUAAUAAGCUUGCAGGAAUGGACCAUAAAAUUGUGGCAUCGGAGGAGUAUCUUGGUGUCUUGUUUACUGAUGCUUGCAGUGCUCACAGCCACCUAUUACAUUGAAGGAACACAUCAACAGUAUGUGAGAUACAUGGAGAAAAAGUUCUUCUGGUGUGCCUACUGGAUAGGAUUAGGCAUUCUGUCCUCUGUUGGACUUGGAACAGGUCUCCACACCUUCCUGCUCUAUUUGGGUCCACACAUAGCAUCAGUUACUCUUGCUGCAUAUGAAUGUAACUCAGUUAAUUUUCCUGAGCCUCCUUACCCGGAUCAAAUUAUCUGCCCUGAUGAGGAGACGACUGAAGGAUCCAUCUCGUUGUGGGCUAUCAUCUCAAAAGUCAGGCUGGAGGCCUGCAUGUGGGGUGCUGGCACAGCCAUUGGAGAGCUGCCUCCGUAUUUUAUGGCAAGGGCGGCCCGACUCUCUGGUGCUGAACCUGAUGAUGAAGAGUACCAGGAAUUUGAGGAGAUGCUGGAACAUGCAGAGACUGCACAAGAUUUUGCUUCCCGGGCUAAACUGGCAGUGCAGAACCUGGUGCAGAAGGUUGGCUUCUUCGGCAUUUUGGCCUGUGCUUCAAUUCCAAACCCUCUGUUUGACCUGGCCGGGAUAACAUGUGGACACUUUCUAGUUCCUUUCUGGACCUUCUUCGGUGCAACCUUGAUUGGGAAAGCAGUAAUUAAAAUGCACAUCCAGAAACUUUUCGUUAUUAUAACAUUCAGCAAACAUAUAGUGGAGCAGAUGGUGUCCUUAAUUGGUGCUAUUCCAAGUAUAGGUCCUUCUCUUCAGAAGCCAUUUCAAGAAUAUUUGGAAGCUCAGAGGAUAAAACUUCACCACAGAUCUGACAGUGGUGUGCCACAGGGAGAAAACUGGCUAUCCUGGAUGUUUGAAAAACUGGUGAUUGUUAUGGUUUGUUAUUUUAUCUUUUCUAUAAUCAACUCCAUGGCCCAAAGCUAUGCCAAACGGCUGCAACAGAAGAUGUACUCUGAAGAAAAAACCAAAUGAGCUUGGAAAGAAACCCUUGGAAGGGGUUUUAGCAGACACAAAAAAUGACACAUCUUUCCAUAUGAUUAAAAAUCAGCAUUAUUCAAAAUGGGGGGAGACUUUUUAACAUCAAUUUUCAACUCUAACAAGUUUUUAUUUAAAUUUGAAAGUAAUUUGGAUAUUAGAAGCAGAUGUUUCAUUGACAGGCUGAUAAAUGUUAAGGUAAGGUGUUAACUGCUUGACGAGUCUGAGUUGUAUUAUGCAGAAUGGAUGGUUAAGUGAUAUUUAAUACAAAUGUUGUCCAUCCAAAUUACUUCCCAAACUGGUGAUUUAAUACUCUCCAUUUCCUGAUUUAACUUCAGGCUGACCUAAGGGUAAUUUUUCGUUCUGAAGGGUGGCUGUUUUGCUUUUUCCAUAACUUUCAAGACCAUCAAAAUGUAUAUAGAUGGAUACAGGUCGGAUCCAAACCGUUGCAUGUCCCUCAUGCUAAGGCUCUCCCAUCUGAAUUCUCCAGUGUCCCGUUGCAUUGCACGUGCUCUCGGUUGGAAAAGCCACCCUCUUAAACUCCAUCAUGUUAGCAGAGAUGAUUGGUGUCAAAAUGCUGAAGCUGACCUUUUUUAUUCUGUAUAUUUAGAACAAAGUUAAGAUAAAUCUUUAUAAAGUCAUCUUUGAUCAUUCCAGAA